AGCCCCAAAGGGCUGCUGACGUCAUGAGCUCCUUAGGAUGGAGUCACCCUGAAUACUAUAAAAACCAGCUACGCAUUAUGUAUGCCGUCUGUACCAGACUUUUGAGAAAGAUUCUUUUGUGAUGUUUUAAACGGAAAAACGAAUAGGAUAUGGCAGUCACAUCGAUUAUCCUAAAUCUGGUGCUGCUCAGUAUCACGUACUCAGAAGGUGCAAAGUGGACGUAUAGGGGCCCAGAUGGAGAGACCCACUGGUCCAAGAAUUACCCCUAUUGUGGUGGGGUCUUUCAGUCACCCAUUGACUUCGAGCCAGAGCUGCUGAGAUACGACCCCUCUUUGUCCCACAUUGAGCUCCUGCACUACAACCUGUCAGACAAGGAGCUGCUGACGCUGGUCAAUAAUGGGCACUCAGUGCAGCUGUCCCUGCCUUCCCGCAUGACCCUGUCUGGUCUCCCCCACCGCUACUCCGCUGCCCAGCUGCACCUGCACUGGGGCUCCCAGAGCCUGCCAGCUGGCUCUGAACACACCAUCAACGGCAAACGCUUUCCUGCAGAGAUGCACGUGGUGCACUUCAACUCCGAGAAGUACCCGAACAUCUCCGUCGCGGCAGACCGGGCUGAUGGCUUGGCUGUUCUUGGGGUUCUGAUUGAGGUGGGCAGCUUUAACCCCUCUUUUGACCGCUUCUUGACAUACAUCGAUGGGAUUAAAUAUAAGAAUCAGACAGCGAAGAUCCCUGCCUUUAACAUCCGGGCGCUGCUUCCUGACCGACUGGACGAGUUCUAUCGCUACGAUGGCUCCCUGACUACACCCCCCUGCUACCCUAGCGUGCUGUGGACCGUGUUCCGAACCCCAAUCAGCAUCUCACACACACAGUUCCUGGGUUUAGCGACAACCCUGUACUCAUCCACGGUAGGGGAGGAGUCCCCAGUCACCCUUAGUGGGAACUACAGGAGAACGCAGAAUUCAGACGACAGGACCGUCCUGGUGAAUUUUCAAGAGGGGCUGCACUGGGUCAGCUUAGGUGUUCUCGUCUCCAUUGUGGCAGUCACACUGCUGGCACUAAUAGUCAUCGUCACACUCAUCUUUUAUUUACUUAAGAAGAAAAGUAAUGAGAGAGUUCAGCAAAGGACCAAGGACAUCACACACGAUGCAGAGAGUGCUGCUCACAAGUAACAACCUUACCAGCCAGGCACCAAACUCUUGUGCAGGUCUGCUGUGUCACCUUACACUGCAUACAGUAUGCUGUGACCACACUUCACUUAUGCCCCAACAGUUAUUUUGUUGCCAGUGAACUGAGGCAGAUUGUUAACUGCAGGUUAAUGGCACCUGCAACGUAUGUGUGUGUGUGUGUGUGUGUGUGUUUCCAUAGAUCACAUUUGGGAACCAAAAUGUCCCCAAAGUGCGGUAAAACCUGAAACUUCCUUACUUUAGGGGACACUUCUUCAGGUCCCCAUUUGGAUAACCUCAGUUUUAUAAAAAUCUGUUAAUCCAAUCAAAAGUCUUGUAUUUGGGUUGGUUAUUUAUGGUUAAGGUUAGGGCUGGGUAGGGGUUAAGGGUGUCGUGAUUGGGAUUAGGGUGUCCCCAUAGAAAUGAAUGGACGGUCCCCAUUUAGACAGGAAGACCGUCGUGUGUGUGUGUGUGUGUGUGUGUGUGUGUGUGUCUAUGUUAGAAUACCAAUUUACUGAAAUGUUUUGCAAUUAUUUUCAAAAUAGAUAGAAUUUUAGAAAGCUCCAAUCUUCUGUACUACACAGCUGCUUUGAACAAUUUACAUUUGUUAACGCGUUAAAGUCAGUUAUAAUUAAGCAACAAAAGGAUAAUUUAAUUUUUUUCCAUCUGCCCUUUCCAAAAAACCUGAGUACUGAGUAGGGUGUAUAGCAUACAAGACAAGGAAGCAACUCAGACGGAAUGCCAGUCCACCAGAGGGCGCAAAAGCACACAUUAUCGAAAAUGAGGCGCUGUCGUCACGAAACCUAAUGCCAUAUUUUCGGUUACCGCUGGGAAAUCAUUGUGCCAAAACCCCAAAAGGAACCUCUGAGGAAACUGCAAAUUUAACAUAUACAUAGAGCCAAGGUGAAUGGUGACUGUGCCACCCACCAGGGAUGGAUUACGGACCGGGCCAGCGGGGCCGCUGCCCAGGGGCCCUUUGGGUGCAGGGGGCUCAUGGGGCCCCUAGCCCAAAACAAUUUGCAACGCUUAUCAACAAUGUAUUUUCAUUUGUCUAUUUUAGAGGGCCUACAUUCUUUGAUCCUCUGCCUACAAGGGCCCCUGACCCUAUAGGGAGGGCGUUUGGCUGCCAAGGGCCCUUGAAUUGUGCUGGUUGUGGUGGUGGUGGUGGUGGUG